AUGAAAGACUACUUCGACGAGAAUUGCACAUAUCCACCGGAGUACUUUCACAGGCGAUUCAGGAUGCGACAAGAACUUUUUCUUCGUAUCCUUAAUGAUGUCAAAGCUUAUGGUGACUACUUUGUCCAAAAAAAGGAUGCGACUGGUCGUCUGGGGUUGUCUUCUAUACAGAAGAUGACAACUGCUGUUUGUAUACUCGCAUAUGGUUGUGCAGCCAAUCACUAUAAUGAGUAUAGUAAAAUUGGCGAGAGCAUUGCCAUUAAAUGCUUGAAGGCAUUUUGUAAUGUUAUUGUUGCUAUGUAUGCAGAGGAGUAUAUGCGCUUACCCAACGAAGCCGACAUAGCACGGCUGCUCGAAGAAGGGGAGCAGAGAGUGUAA